AUGUCCAUACUGACACCACUGCUGCUGAGGGGUCUGGCAGGCCUAGCCUGGAGGCUCCUGGUGCUGUGUGCCUAGAUCCACUCCAAGCCACCAUGAGAGCAGCUCAGGACCAUGGAUGUUGCCAUUGGGCUCACUUCCUGCUUCCUGUGUUUCCUCCUGCCAUUGGGCUGGGUUCUGUCACAUCUGGAGAGCUACAAGAAGUGA